AUGCCUAUCACCCCGAAUCGCAUUAUACAAACCUCCACCGAAGCAAAAAAACAAUAUAAGAAGAAUGGAGCUGCUCUGCCUGCACAACAGCAGAAACAACUGCAGCGUGGCCUUGAGUUGGAUGAGCGCGCCGCCCGCUUUCGCGAGUCCGAAGAGAGGCGCAAAGCUGCCAAGAAAAAGCGCGAAGAGAAGGAGGCCAAAGAAGAGCGCGCGCGACAGCAAAUGGGUGUUGGGCGUGCAACCCAAAUGAUCGGGUAUAGCCACACGCAAGCCCAGUUGAAGAAUAAGAUGGAGGCCUUCUUAGGUGUCAACAAGCGACGCGAGGACGAGAGGCGCAAGAAGGAUAUGGAGCUCGCAGAUAGGCUCGAAAGCAUCGUCCAGGAAAUCGAGAAGGAGCCGUGGGACGACGAUGAGGCAGACGACAUUGCGCUAAAUUGGACCGCCGUGAACAGCUCAUUAGGUCAGCAAUGGAUUGACGAAGAGCUCGACGACGACUCUUUGUUACAGGCGCAUGACCUGGUCAUGUCAGACCCUGUUGAAGUGGCUCCGGUAAUUGCGCAAAUGCCACCCGCUGCCGCGCCCCCUCCCAGGCCGGCCAUUGCUCCCACCUCACCACUCCACGUUCUCACCAAAGGCGACCCCAAUUUUGUCCGUACCCAUGGCCCAAAAAACAAGACCGUAGAAGCCAUCCUGGACAAGCUACCUGAAGAAGUCAUAGAGCUACUCUCCGAAGACAUCUCUAUGAACAGCUCUCAUUGGGACCCAGCGCCUGGCUUGCUACACAAACUCAACCCUGUUGGAUUGCCGCCACAUCGACUGCGCAUCAAAGUUGGAUGUAUAGUCACGUUGCUACGAGACUUCUACAACAGCACACAAUUAUCAAAGAGUCAGUACUUGCGUAUACUACGGGCAAGUAACGAUCGCCUUGAGUGCAUCGUGCUGGACGGCCAACUCCAGGGUACCAAGACGAUACUCACAAGAGUUUCUUUUCCUGCGAAGUAUAGAAACCAGGAAGGGUACCCAUUCCAAAGGACACAGUUCCCGAUACGGGUUGCAAUCGACUACAAACCUGCAAGCGUAAUACAAAGCACAGCGCAACCAGGUUGUGGAUUGCCUAACAGACCAUGUCAUAUGCCAGUACAAAGCGUGUCAAAGAGAAUGGCUCCUUCUAUCAUGAGUACAAAGCCACAGACCCCACACACCCCAGGAUUCAAGGUGCCUGGGCUUCCAGCAUCAAAGUCGGCGUUUGGUCUACCCCCCGUGAGUACUCAUGUGUCUAUCACAACAGCAAAGCCGUACAUACCGACUGCUAUGCUUGAGGAUUGGGAUGACUUCAUUGGAAGCAGCACACAAAUAGCUCGAGAGCUCUCUGUUGAUGAAGAGCAAUCUGCAGUCACACCAUUUGUUAAGGCUGGAACUUCAGCGCAGGAAGCAAAUAUGAUGCUCCCUGUGUCAACGCAGGACUUAAACUUCUCGAUGGAUGAUCUCGACAAUGACGAAUCUUCAAUACCAGUUUUGACCGAGUCUUUAUUGAAGGUUGCAGAAGUUGAGGUCCGCCCCGUCGAAACGGGGCCAAAGGACUCAUUAGAGGGUGAACGUGAUAGUGCCAGCAGGCUUCCACUCGCAUCUCGUCCAAAUCCUCCAGCUGAACCCAGAGGACGCAAAUCCUCUGGAGCUCAGCCAAAGAUUGCGGGAAGGCCAAAGAGACGAAAUGACAGUGCUCUGUUGAUAGAUCUAAAGAAUCUACGGCCUUCACAAAGGCCGCCCUCGGUAGGAGACAGACCAGGUCUAAAGCGGAAGAAAAUUCGCACCUGUGAUGCUCCGCCAGCGAAAAGGACCUGCACACCAGCUUCUCGCCCAGAUCUACCAGCAAAGUCUGAAAAUUCCACCAAAAGCCACAGUAUAGAUGACUUUCGAAUGUCGACACAGGACGCUGCAUCUUUUUUCGACGGUAUGGAUGACUUUGAGCUUUGA